UUUCUUGAUACAGGAAGUACACAAACACAGGGCACUCACGUUGGAUUUUGCCAUGGACACUUUCCAUGCUCGUUUCAAAGAGAAAAUAGGCGAAGUGCUGUUACCUGGCGAUGUGUUCUCAUUUGCAGCACCAGAAACAGAAGACGGUAAUAUCAAAGGCGAAAAGAUAAUAUGCGGUCCAGGCCUCCGAAGAACCGGGGAGGAAGUUCACGUGUGUAAAAGUGGAGUUCUGCGCCAUAAACAGCCAAAUCUCUACUGGAUAGACUCUCAGCAGAGACGGUAUGUACCAGCCAAGGGUGAAAGUGUGAUCGGCAUUGUGACAGCAAAGUCUGGAGAUGUAUUUAAAGUGGAUGUUGGAGGAAGUGAGCAGGCAUCUCUUUCAUACCUGGCAUUUGAGGGAGCUACCAAGAGAAACAGACCUAAUGUGCAGGUGGGAGAUCUGGUGUACGGUCAGUUUACAAUUGCAAACAAAGACAUGGAGCCCGAGCUGGUGUGUAUAGACAGCUGUGGCAGGGCCAAUGGGAUGGGGGUGUUUGGAGCUGACGGGCUGCUCUUUAAAGUGUCACUGGGACUAGUGCGCAGGCUUCUGGCUCCACAAAGUGAAAUAGUGAAGGACCUGGAGAAGAUUUUCCCCUUCGAGUUGGUUGGUGGGAUGAAUGGCAGAGUUUGGGUAAAGGCAAAGACUGUUCAGCAGACACUGAUAGUGGCCAAUCUACUGGAGACCUGCGAGAACAUGACUUCCCAGCAGAGACAGAUGCUGUUCAAGAGGGUGGCAGAAGGCUCCCUCUAGUGGACACAUCAAAGACCAAUUUCCCAGAUUACAACCGGACAUGCUUGAAGUACACUCAGCAGCUGUCAAGUGUCCACCACAAUGGGCAAAACCCUCUGGAGAUAUUUAAUAUCCAAGAGUAACGGGGGCGGAAAUGAUCUGUAGUCCCAGUUUUGGAGACAAAACAGGAGACUUGCUAUGCUUUGUCUAGGUUGUCGGACUGAUCACCAUGGAGAAGUCAUUAUUUCUCUUAAAAAAAAAAAAAGUCAACAGGAAAUAUUUUUGCUUUAAGAACAAUACAUUUUUGUGUGUAAAAAAAAUAAAUAAAAAUAAACUUCUUGAUCAAACCAUUGUCAGUUAGUGUUCACUUAAAAGUCUAGCACUCACAUUUUGCACUAAAUAUAGAAAUUAUUCCAUCUGG